AUAUAGAUCCCUCACUUACCUGAGAGGGAGUGAAGCUUCAUACAUCGUCAAGUCAGAGUUUUGCAAAAUGUCUGGGGAAAAAAUGAAAUUAUACUGGUUUUCUGGAAGUACUCCAUGCUGGAGAGUUCUGAUAGUGCUAGAAGAGAAAGGCUUUCACGAUAAUACAGAGUUAAAGCAUAUUGACCUCUUCAAACAGGAACACAAGAGUGCAGAGGUCAUUAAACUUAACCCCAGAGGCCAGGUACCGACGUUUGUAGACAAAGAUAUCAACAUCAAUGAAUCACACGCGAUCUGUGAUUACCUCGAGACAUGUUAUGGCGACUGUGGAAAGAAACUCAUCCCUUCAGAGAAAAGGGCUAUGUCUCGAGUACUACAGCGAAUGCAUGAGGCGCAUAACAACUUUCAGAAUGCUAUUAUAGAGAACAUCAUCUAUUAUUGUAUGCUGACGGAGAAAGAAAAAUGGGAUCAUGACCUGUUAGAAAGAAAAUAUGUUAUUGCAAGAAAUGAAUUGCAGCGUUGGGAAGAUUACUUGAAGAAGGUCCACGAGGAAGGUGGCAUCUAUAUUGUGGGUGACGAUUUCACUAUGGCAGACAUAUACCUCUAUCCACAUGUGGCGUUCUGUGUGCGAUUUGGACUGGACAUAUCGACGUAUCCCGAACUGGAGAAAUAUUAUAACACACUCGCUCAACGACCUAGCAUUAAUAAAACAUGGCCGCCAACAUGGAGAAGUACAAAUGACGAAUACCGUUACCUUACGAAACUCUGAUCAACCGCCAUUGUCAUGACGUCAGGCCUUGUGAUCGUACAUUGAUGCUCAGAUAUAUUUUAGCACACACUUCCAUUAUCAGAUACGUUCAAAUAGGAAAAAAGACGUUGACCGAUAGAUGUAUGUUGCUAUAGAAACAGUUUGAAUAUCAUAAACAAAUCAAGCAUUUAAUGGUUGUGCUGAAAAAGGACGAUACCACGGGCCGUGUUAAAGUGACACAUACUGACUUUAUCAGGGUAUUGUAUAAGAGGCCUUAUAUUUGUGUCUUGACGCGCAUCAUGUUAUUUAACAUGUAAACGUGCCAUAAAGAUCAUCUUAACUACACAUAAAUGAAUAAUAAUAUAUGUCAUUCAUUGCUAGCUCUGAACCAUCAGUGUUUGGAAAAAUGAUUUUUUUGAUUUUUUUCCGUCUCGCCGCCCAUGAAUGAUACGAAGCGAACAUCAAUUAUUUUCGAAAGGUCAUGUUUGUAGAUAUUCAAACACUUCAGCUUAUCAUGACUAGAUUGAUGAAUGGCUGAGUUAGUAUAAAACAUCAAAUAUUUUACCCAAAAUAACAGAAGUAGGUAGAGUCAUGAUGUUCGACUCUAUUCAAUUAUUGAAAAAUUUGACUGUCUUGCCAUUUGAUUUUUCCGUCCUCAUAUGCAGAUGCCAGAUGCGAAGACGUUAAAACAACCAUUUUUCUUAAUUAUGUAAUUUUAGAUGUAUGUAUAACUGAUGGUUCAAGAUUAGGGCGAUUAUUUACUAGUUUUCUCAGGACACCUAGCCAAGUAGAGCUAUUUUAUUUACCUGAUGAAAAUAUAUCAUCGAUAUCAUUAAAAAAAUUGGGUAUGAUAUUUGCUCAUUGUAAAUUCGGAGUACCAUUUACAUAUAAUGUUAUUCAUCCUUUGACAUUGAAUCAAAAUGCUCAUACUGUAAUUUAUACCUGUCAUUACACUGUUUAUAAUAAUUAUUGAAUCAAGAAUGAUUCUCGUGUUACUUCCUAGAACACCUGGUCGUAUUCCCCUUUAACAUUUUAAAGGGUUACGAGCUAAUAUAUAAUUCGUCCGGAUUAUGCCCUCGUACUUUUGAUUUUGAAUUAGAAAUAAGAGUCUUGUGCAUAAAACUAAACUUGAAUUUUAUUUAUUUUACAACAAUUGCGAAACAAAUUAUAUCAACUUAUAUUAAUCAUUAGUGUUGGCCAAGAUGGAAGCGCGCGAGGAGCCUUACUGUGGGAGGAAACCGGAGUACCUGGGGGAAACCACGUGGUUGGGCAGGUGGCUCCAUACCUUUCCACGUCCGAUUGGGAAUCGAACCCCGGCCGCAUAGGUGAAAGGCAAGUGCGUUACCACUGUGCCAUCCUCGUUUGCAUGCCCGUAUGAUAUAUGCUGUACACGUGCUGAAAGAAAGAAUAUCGAUAUGCAACUGAUAUCGUAAUUCUAAUCCCAAAUAGAAAAGACGGGGGAAAAUAUAAACAAAAUAGAUUAAGAAUCUUGAAAAAUUCUUGAAAAAGUUAAACGAAAAUUAGACCAGGUUCGAGGAAGAUUAUCCGUCUUCUGCCUCAGCGACGACACAUUUUAUAUUAAUCCAUCAAAUUUUAAAGUUUGGUAUGUUUUGAUAAUUGGAUUACAUUAUUUCUCUGUGCUGAAAAGCAUUCUUAAUAAUUUUCAGAAAAAUCAAUUUUAAUUUAAUUUUUCUGCAUGCAAAUGUUUGAUUCUACAUGAAGAUUUACAUAAAGUUUCACGUGGAAUACUGAGCGGUAAUACAUGCAGAUUAACAGUUUCCCAUCUUUGAUAGACGGAUGAAUGGGGGACACAUGAGUGUUUCAAAAUCAUCAAAGGGAUUCAGUUAUUAGAUUUCCUUAUUUUUCUCCGGAAAUUGGAUUUCUGCCAAUCGUUGUUAUACGAACGAUCGUUGUUAUACGAACGAUAAACCAUUUACACAAUAAUCCUUGUUAAUGUAAAAAAAUAAAAAAAAUAUUGUAAAUCAACUUUCCCGCAACGCGCAUGCGUAACCAUAUUGUUUACACUUUUCGGACGGUAAUGGUAUGAAUAAUUGUUACGUAACAUACAUUUGUUGAUGAUUUUCAGAAAUUGAAAGUGCAUAACUCAUUUACACAAUGUCCCUAAAACUACAGCAGAUAAAUUAACUGGGUAAAUAGUCUUUCCAUCCAUGUCAUUUAUCAAUUUUAACAUUUCUCGAUCUGAAUAUGGUACAACCCUUUUGAAGAAUAAUCCAAUUCGAGGAUGCAUGGGUUAGGCAGAAAGUACAAGUCAGCGUUGUUUAGUAUAAAUAUACUGUUUUAAAACCUUCGUUCCAUGAAAUACAGCAUAUGUUUAAAGAAACUAAGAAUGAAAUAUAUUCGGGUGACGUCUUUUAAGCGAUAUUCUUAAAUGGCUUAUCCUGGUUUCAAUUACUUAUGAUUUGAUCAAAUGGAUUUCAUAAAGCAUUGCUAUUAAUUUUUUUUGAAAGUUGUUAGGUUUUGAAGACAUUUUCCGAAAAACGUGCGGUAGAUGGGAGACUACUCUUGAUCAGACAACGCCAAAAAUUAGCGUAGUGUGAAAAAAACCCACCUAUUAAAAACCUCUUUUUUUUCAAACAUAGAAAAUAUCAAGACUUGCCUGAUAAUAACGAUUGUUCCUUGUCUGGUUUUUUUUCUGGUGUUGAAAAACUAAAUCAGCAAUGAUAUUUUUUUGUUAUUUAAUUUGUGACUUUUCUAUAUAUAGUGUAUCAUUGUUCUUACUCAAGGGAGUUAUAUACCUCACUGGACAAUAGACCUAUAUUUAUUGUAGCUCACAAAGGAACUAUUACCACGUAUAUUUCAUUACAGGUAUUAUUUUAUUACCGAUUUAACAAACAGGAAGCCUUCAUUUAUAGGAACUGAUACGUU